AUGACCAAAACACUUGACUACUCUGAGGGCUCUACGCCCAUCCCCGGCCCGGCGGGGUACCCCCUGAUCGGCAACCUCCUCGACAUCGACAUGAGCCAGUGCUUCGUGAGCCUGAACGCUCUCCACAAGAAGUACGGCCCCGUCUACCAGAUUAGUUUUCUCGGCCAGACGAUUAUAAUGGUCUCGUCGCCGGACGUCGUCCACGUGCUCAGCGACGAGGACAAAUUCCACAAGCACAUCGACCCGACUCUGCUCGCCGUGCGCGGCUUUGCCGGAGACGGACUCUUCACUGCCCUUCACGGCGAGAAGAGCUGGGACAUCGCGCACCGCAUUCUGGUUCCUGCUUUCGGUGCCAUCUCCGUCCGCAAAAUGCAGGAGAAGAUGCUCGACCCCCUCGGCCAGAUGCUGAUGUGGUGGGAGUGCCACGCCGGUGAGCCGUUCGAAGCCGCCGACCAGUUUACUCGUUUGACCUUCAUGUUCUACGCCGCCACUUCGCGACAGUGGGACACUGACAUUGCGCUCCUCAACAAGGUAUGCGACGAGAUCAUCUCCGAGCGUAGGAACGACCCGAUGCCGGACGAGCAUGAUGUGCUCGACCGCAUGCUCUUCGGCAAGGAUGCGAAGACGGGGGAAGGUCUCUCGGAUGAGAACAUCAGGUACCAGAUGAUUACCUUCCUCAUCGCAGGACACGAAACGACCUCCGGACUGCUCGCCUUCGCGACGUACUACAUGCUCAAGACUCCCGGUGUCAUCGCCAAGAUGCGCUCUGAGGUUGAGCAGGCGCUCGCCGACGUUGGUGGAGCCUUCGCUGAACUCGCCGUCGGCAAACUGCGCUAUGUCGAUGCCGUUUUGCGCGAGACGCUCCGUCUGCACCCCUCGGCGCCGUUCUUCAUCCGCACCCCGAACUCUGAGCAGGGCGCCCGCCUUCCUGGUGGCUACCACGUGAAGCACGGCCAGGCCGUUGCCAUCUCCCUUCACGCUCUGCACAGGGACCCCGAGGUUUUUGAGGCGCCGGAGGAGUUCCGCCCCGAGCGUUGGCUUGACGGUACCACAUACCCCUCGGACGCUUACAAGCCCUUCGGCACCGGCGGUCGAGCCUGCAUCGGGCGCAUGUUUGCGAUGCAGGAGGCAGCUCUUGCCAUGGCUCUCAUCGUGGACCGCUUCGACCUGUCGCUCGCGGAUGAGAACUACGAGCUCCAGAUCCAGGAGUCGCUCACGAUCAAGCCGGUCAACUUCAACAUUAAGGUUGCUCCGCGCAAGAAGACCGGCCUGCUGCGCGAACUCAUGACCCGCUCAACGGUAGCGAAGGAGGAAGAGGCAUGGAAGCCAGUCUCAGCCAAGGGGAAGAUGCACGUCCUCUUCGGCUCCAACAACGGCGCAUGCGAGGCGCUGGCCGGAGACCUGGCCGCGGACUACAGGCAGUCCGGCUUCUCUGUGACGCUCGACUCACUCGACGACGCUGCGCCGGACGGGAAGCUCCCCACCGACGGGACAAUCGUGCUCAUUCUCCCGAGCUACGACGGACAGCCGGCCGAGAAUGCGCGAGACUUCGUGGCAUCCAUUGCGAACAUGGAGCCAGGCUCGCUCUCUGGUGUCGAGUACACGGUCUUCGGCGUCGGACACCGCGACUGGGCCGCAACGCUUCACCGCAUUCCUAAGCUCGUCGACUCUCGCCUCUCCGAGCUGGGCGCCGAGCGCCUUCUGCCCAUCAGUCUCGGCGAUGCCGCUGUCGACCUCCUCAGCGACUUUGAAGAUUUCUCCGCUCGCCUCCGAGACCACCUCGAGAUCGACGUCACCGACAUCUCGGCAUGGAGCAUCCCCGACUCUGCCAACUGUGCUCCCGUUACUGGUUUCACGCUCGGCCGCGUCAUGAAGCAGACCAAGCUCACCGACGGCGUGAUGAGCAUCGCGAUCCAGGCCGACCAGCCCUGGCAAGUCGGCGACUACCUCGCUAUUCUGCCCAAGAACCCCGCCUCCGAGGUCGAGCGUGCGCUUCGUGUCCUCGGCCUCAAAGGCGACGACCACAUUCGCAGUCCGAUGGCUCCCGGCCCUCUGAGGGCCUGGGACGUCCUCGAGUCGUACCUCGAGCUGGGCACUAUCAUCCCGAAGCGAUACCUCACCAUCCUGCCGAAGUGGGCGCUGAGCUCCGCCUCGCGCCUGGCCGCCAUGGCGGACGACUACGCCACAGUGCGCCUGCAGCGUCUCUCGCUCAUUGAUGUGUUGGAGCGCUUCCCCGAUGUGCGUCCGCCACUCGGGCAUGUGCUGUACGCCCUCCCCCGCAUCCGCGCCAGGCAGUAUUCCAUCGCCUCCACCCCGCCAGGGCUUGAGCUCACGUACUCGGUGCACGAGCGCGGCGUGGCAUCGCGAUACCUCGCCUCGCUCUCCGAGGGGGACGCCGUGCUCUGCGCCACGCGCCGGUCGACCUUCCACCCGCCCCCUGCCCAGAACACACUCGUCAUGUUCGCCGCUGGAACGGGCAUCGCGCCCUUCCGCGGCUUCAUCGCUGAGCGAGCCGAGCGCGCCCGUCUCGGCGAGAAGACGGGCGGCACCGUGCUCUACUACGGAGCGCGGGACGCGGCCCACGUCCUGCACGACGUGGAACUGAGGCACUGGGUGCGUAACGGUGUGCUCGAGCUCCGACCUACGCUCAGCCGCGCGGAACGUCCCAAGUACAAACUCGUCGAGGGGUGCCGCUACGUCCAGGACCGGAUGUGGGCUGAGCGCACCGACAUUAGUGCGUGGCUCGAGGGCGGCGCUGCAUUCUAUACCUGCGGAGGCACCGAGUUCGCCUCUGGAGUGCGAAAGUGUUUCACGCGUAUCAUUGCAGAGAAGGAGGGGGCGGAGAAGGCAGAGGACGAGAUGGCCAAGUUGGGGGAGAGGUUCAAGCAGGACGUGUUCACGUCAUAA